GUGGCCUGGGUGCUCAGCCUGUGUCCAGGAUUCACAGAUACCUUCAACAUGGACACCAGGAAUCCCCGCGUCAUCCCUGGCUCCAGGGCCGCCUUCUUCGGGUACACGGUACAGCAGCAUGACAUCGGCGGCAAGAAGUGGCUGGUUGUGGGUGCCCCACUGGAAACUAAUGGCCACCAGAAGACGGGAGAUGUGUACAAGUGUCCAGUGACCCAGGGAAAUUGCACCAAGCUCAACCUGGGGAGAGUCACCCUGUCCAAUGUGUCUGAGCGAAAGGACAACAUGCGCCUUGGCCUGAGCCUGGCCACCAAUCCCAAGGACAACAGCUUUCUGGCCUGCAGCCCGCUCUGGUCUCACGAGUGUGGAAGUUCCUACUACACCACGGGGAUGUGCUCACGCGUCAACUCCAACUUCAGGUUCUCCAAGACGGUAGCCCCAGCUCUCCAAAGGUGUCAAACCUACAUGGACAUCGUCAUUGUGCUGGACGGCUCCAACAGCAUCUACCCCUGGGUGGAAGUUCAGCACUUCCUCAUCAACAUCCUGAAGAAGUUUUACAUUGGCCCGGGACAGAUCCAGGUCCUGGGUUACUAUAACCGCCGGGGGAUCAAUCCAGAAACUUUUCUGAGUGAAAUCAAAUACAUCGCCAGCGAUCCUGAUGACAAGCACUUCUUCAAUGUCACCGAUGAGGCGGCCCUGAAGGACAUCGUGGAUGCCCUGGGAGACAGGAUCUUCAGCUUGGAAGGCACCAACAAGAAUGAAACGUCCUUCGGGCUGGAGAUGUCACAGACCGGCUUCUCCUCGCAUGUGGUGGAGGAUGGGGUUCUGCUGGGAGCGGUCGGCGCCUACGACUGGAAUGGGGCUGUGCUGAAGGAGAUGAGCGGUGGCAAGGUCAUCCCUCUCCGAGAGGCCUACCUGAAGGAGUUCCCUGAGGAGCUGAAGAACCACGGCGCCUACCUGGGGUACACAGUGACAUCCAUCGUGUCCUCCAGGCAGGGCCGGGUAUACGUGGCAGGAGCCCCCCGGUUCAACCACACGGGCAAAGUCAUCCUGUUCACCAUGCACAACAACCGCAGCCUUACCAUCCACCAGGCUCUGCGGGGCGAGCAGAUAGGCUCCUACUUCGGGAGUGAGAUCACAUCAGUGGACAUCGACGACGACAAUGUGACGGACGUCCUGCUGGUGGGCGCCCCAAUGUACUUCAGCGAGGGCCAUGAGCGUGGCAAGGUGUACAUCUACAACCUGAGACAGGGCCGGUUUGUCUAUAAUGGAACUCUGAAGGAUUCCUACAGCUACCAGAACGCCCGGUUUGGCUCAUCCAUCGCCGCUGUCCGAGACCUCAAUCAAGACUCAUACAAUGACGUGGUAGUGGGGGCCCCGCUGGAGGAUAACCACAGAGGGGCCGUCUACAUCUUCCACGGCUGCCCAGGCAGCAUUCUGAAGAGGCCCAAGCAGAGAAUCGCCGCAUCAGAGCUGGCCCCAGGCCUCCAGUUCUUCGGCUGCAGUGUCCAUGGGCAACUAGACCUCAAUGAGGAUGGACUGGUGGACCUGGCUGUGGGCGCCCUGGGAAGCGCGGUCAUUUUGUGGGCCAGGCCUGUGGUGCAGAUCAACGCCAGCCUCUACUUUGAGCCAUCCAAGAUCAACAUCUUCCACAAAGACUGCAAGCGCAGUGGCAGGGAUGCCACCUGCCUGGCUGCCUUCCUCUGCUUCACACCUGUCUUCCUGGCACCCCAUUUCCCAGCAGCAACUGUAGGCAUCAGGUACAAUGCCACUAUGGACGAGAGGCGGUACAUGCCAAGGGCUCACCUGGAUGAGGGAGGGGACCAGUUCACCAACCGGGCUGUCCUGCUGUCCUCUGGCCAGGAGCACUGUCAACGCAUUAACUUCCACGUCCUGGACACUGCCGACUACGUGAAGCCGGUGGCCUUCUCAGUCGAGUAUGUGCUAGAAGACCCUGACCAUGGCCCUAUGCUGGACGACGGCUGGCCCACCACACUCAGAGUCUCGGUGCCUUUCUGGAAUGGCUGCAAUGAGGAUGAACACUGCGUUCCUGACCUCGUGCUGGACGCCCGGAGCGACCUGCCCACGGCCAUGGAGUACUGUGAGCGGGUUCUGAAGAGGUCUGCGCAGGACUGCUCCACGUACACGCUGUCCUUCGACACCACCGUGUUCAUCGUGGAGAGCACGCGGCGGCGCGUGGCCGUGGAGGCCACGCUGGAGAACCGGGGGGAGAACGCCUACAACACCAUCCUUAACAUCUCCCAGUCUGCAAACCUGCAGUUCGCCAGCUUGAUCCAGAAGGACGACUCCGACGGCAGCAUCGAGUGUGUGAACGAGGAGAGACGCCUGCACAAGAAAGUCUGCAAUGUCAGUUACCCCUUCUUCAGGGCCAAGGCCAAGGUAGCCUUCCGUCUGGACUUCGAAUUCAGCAAGUCCGUCUUCCUGCAACACCUGCAUGUCCAGCUGGGCUCCGGCAGUGACAGCGAGGAGCAGGACAGUACCAAGGACGACAACUUGGCCUUCCUCCGCUUCCACCUCAAGUAUGAGGCCGACAUUCUCUUUACCAGGAGCAGCAGCCUGAGCCACUAUGAGAUCAAGGCCAACAGCUCACUGGAGACACAGGGUGGCCUGGGGCCUCCUCUCAGUUGUGUUUUCAAGGUGCAGAACUUGGGCUUCUUCCCCAUCCAUGGGGUGAUGAUGAAGAUCACCAUUCCCAUCGCCACCCGGGGCGGGAACCGUCUUCUGAUGCUGAGGGAUUUCUUCACCGACCAGGUGAACACAUCCUGUAACAUCUGGGGGAACAGUACCGAGUACCGAACCACCCCAAUGGAGGAAGACUUGAGUCGUGCCUCACUGUUGAAUCAUAGCAACUCUGAUGUGGUCUCCAUCAACUGCAACGUGAGGCUGGCUCCCAACCAGGAAGUCAGCUUCUACCUGUUAGGGAACCUGUGGCUGAGGUCGCUCAAGGCACUCAAGUACAGGUCCCUGAAGAUCAUGGUCCAUGCGGUCUUGCAGCGGCAGUUCCACAGCCCCUUCAUCUUCCCCGAGGAGGACCCCAGCCGUCAGAUCACAUUGGAGAUCUCCAAACAAGAAGACUGGCAGAUCCCCAUCUGGAUCAUCGUGGGCAGCACCCUGGGGGGGUUCCUGCUGCUCUCCCUGCUGGUCCUGGCACUGUGGAAGCUCGGCUUCUUUAAAAGUGCCAAACGCAAGAGGGAGCCUGGCCUAGACUCCACCCCCAAAGCACUGGAGUGAGGCUCAGAGGAGGCCUUGGAUUCAUGGGCUGGACACCAGUCUGGGCGGUGUGCAGGCCCUGCUGAGCCGGAGUGGACACCAGCUGGCUUUGCACUUGGCCUCAUCUCAAGCCAUGGAGCCUGUGCCCUGAGGUGGACCUUACGCAGGAGUGAAGAGAAGCCACCCUACUGGACGCGGGAACACCUAACAGACCCCCAGGGAUUUAAAGGGACCUCUCCAAGGUCCCCAAAAGUCCCCCACCCCUGGCUCUGGAGAGCGUGUGCUGCACCAACCACUAGGGUGCUAAAAAUUCGUAAUCACAAUCACCUCUGGAAGGAAUCCCAGGAGGAUACCUAUAAAUACAAACUCACUCUGCGUGCUCCACCAGGCCUCUUCCUCCAGAACCACGGCACAGCAGAUCUGACUUUUGUGGUGUGCUUUCCCACCUCUCACUGGAGUCACGGCCACCCCCUUCCUAUACAUAGGCCCCAUAGGGCCCCUGAUCCCCUUCCUCCCAGGGAACCUGGGCCGUGGGGUCUGUGACAGCUACAAGCCAGGGAUGAAGACUCUGGAAUGCAGGUGGUGGCAGCUGGGUAGGUGAGAACCCAGAUGCUGAGUACACGCUGAGGCUAAACCGCAUCAUGCUGGCCCCACUCACCCUCUCUGAUCCUCCCUCUUGGCUGCUCUUGCCGAGGUACCUCAUGAGGAGCCUGUGAAUAACUCAAUCCCCUGGGCUCCACAUUCCACAUCUUCUGGCCGAGCUGUAGGCUGAGUCAGGGUUAAAGGCAGGGAGCCUUCCCUCCUUGCACCAGCCCCGACCGGACCCCUCCCUUCUCCCUACCCGUGUGGGGAGCAGGGCCAGGACAGCGCUGUGGAGGGCUCUGUAGUGCACUGAAUAACCCGGGUCAAGAGUGGUGCUGGUCAGAGGCAGGUGUCUCCAGCCCACGGGACAUGAAAGGACCAAAAAUGGCACCCCGAGGACAAGGGCAUGCUGGGUGCCCAGACAAGUAACUUAUGCCUUCACUUUCUUGGAAGAGGGACACAUCCAAAGCACAUUGCUCUGUGCAUAG